AUGUCAGCUUCGUCGAUAAACCGUUCUUUGACCACCGUCAAGACUGAGCUGGAGUUUCUACUAGAGUCUGACGUGAUCUCGCAGGAGACUUUUCAAAACAUCGUGAGUGCAUUGCCCGAACGUUACAACCCCGAACCACGCCGGAAUGCUCCUGCCAUGCCGCAAAAUGAGUUUGUGGAGGCCAUCUACGCUUUCCAAGCGCAACAAGAUGGCGAUCUGGAGCUAAGUGUCGGCGACAAAAUCGAAGUGCUAGAAAAACCUUCUCCAGAAUGGUACAAGGGCAAGUGCAACGGGCGUAUCGGUAUGUUCCCUUCCAAUUACGUCAAACCUGCAUUUUCGGGCUCAAGCACCACAGAAGCUGAGCGCACCACCUUGCCUCCUCCACCUCAGUACCAGUCGCAACAGAUAAUUCAGCCACAGCAGACUAAUACCAGCAUGCAAUCUGGCUACUCGCAGCCCCAGUUCCCUCCACCAUCCACCAACUACUACCAAAACCCACCUCAACAACAUUAUCAGAAUCCACAGCAGCAAGCCUACUACCAGAGCCCUGCACCUCAGCUGGCACCUGCGCAAGAGGCACAGCAACACCAUGCUGGUGGCCAAGCUUUUAAAAAAUUUGGUAGCAAACUAGGAAACGCUGCCAUCUUUGGUGCUGGUGCCACCAUUGGUUCAGAUAUCGUUAACAGCAUUUUCUAG